AAGCCGGAACCUGUGAAAAGUGCUAUGCUCCCGAGUGUAGAGUUGGAUCCUACAGAGUGCCCUUUUAGGGAGUUCAGGGACAAUGAACUUUCCAUUGACUAUUGGGGAAUGAGUCCUGCCACAUUAAGAACGGUGAUCGCGAACAAGAUAGUGGUGAAACAGUCGUCAGACUACGUGUGGGUAGACGAGCAGACACAGCCGUUACCAAGAUCCGUGAGGCAAUACCUCCACGGAUGGAUCAGAGCUGAAGAACUUGCUUUAAGCCGGUGGGAGGAGGCGGAAACUGUCGUUUAUGAGGAAGACGGGUCCGACAAGAUGUCUAUAAUAGACAUGCAGCUCAGCCAUACGCAAGUGCUGCAACGGUCUGCAUUCUGCAGGCGGGUGCUUUCGGCUUGCUUCAUUUUGGAGCGAGCGGACAUACCAACAGUGGAACACCAGUGGGAAAACUUUUCCUUCGUGUUACCAGACGGCUGGCGACCACGGUAUCACAUAUAUUCACCAGGCACAAAGCCGGGAGGUGGCACGCAGCAUCGCCCGCUGCUGUCUAAAAAUGGGUGCUACCUGGUCCGGCUAUACUACCUCGGCGCGUGGCGUUGCGUGUGGGUCAGCGACCAAGUACCAGUCGACGCAACAGGGGCACCCCUCCUUCCCUUUUCUCCCCUGUCGAGCCCUGCGCCCACCAAGCCUGCACCAGGGCGGCAGCAACCACCGGUGACUACGAUCACGUCUCCGGUGGUGCAUCUGUGGCCACUCCUACUUUGUAAGGCGCUAUUGAAGCUUGCGGCCCCAGACAUGAACUCUGAUGAAGAUUCUAAUAGUAUUGAAGAUGAAGAAAUGCUGGAAUUUAAAAUUAUACAUUCUUUGACUGGAGCUAUGGAAGUAAAUAUUUGGCCUACUGGCAUAGAGGAUCUUUGGGAUGAACUAGCAGCGGAGGUCCCGCCAUUCACCUGGGAUGUUGAAGACGACGAAACAUUAACGACAAAGUCCAAAGCGGUCAAGAAAGAUAAGACUACAAAGGAAACAAACGCUGUUAAGCGAGGAUCAAUGGUCAUAGUGACUAUCAAAGACACUAAAGAGCUGCCGCCUUACACCCUGCCGGGGAUCUCGCCAGGCCACGAGAUGGACCUCUACGUGUCGAUGGUCAGAGAUGUGCCGCUGAAGAAACCUCUUCCAGAGCCAGACGUUGCCUUAUGGAAAUACUACCGCUGGGUGGACUGGGCCCGCAAACACGGGUUAUACGAAGCAUACGCCUUCCCCAGGACUCGCUUCCUCAAACUGACUGGAUUCUUGAAAUUGUCUUAUGCACCACAUCUGCUGGACGUGCAAAGUACUGAAACGAUUACCUUGGAAUUUAGAAAAGCACAAGAUCGCAGUCCGCUACAAGACAAAAAGAGCGCUAAGAUCAUCACUACCGCCCCACUGGUUCAAAAGGAAGAAUUACGUGACUGGAUCUUAUUCGACAAUAUCUCAGAAGUAGUGAAGCAGAUGUCAGUCAUCUUCUUCCCCUCCAUGUUUAACUUUACGACAGCCGGGAGCUCACCACCAGUAAAAAUUACCAAAAUUCCCAUGAAUCGAGCGUUAGACAUCGUGGCGCCAAAGUCUAGUCCGAUGUAUCUUCAGAUAGACAGCCCCGAGCAGAACCAUCUGAAGAUAUCAUUGAACGUGAUGCAUCCAAGAGUGAUGUUUAAUUGUGGGACACCAGUUUUGGAUUAUGUUGAGCCAGCAUAUCUCAUUUUGGAGUGCUUCGAUUGGUUUGUGGACUCGGAACUGCCGAAACCAAAAGCGUAUCUUAGCACGAGGGGAUAUGAUUGUGUGGAAGUGGAUUUUUUGCCGGGAAGACAUUAUUGCAGACUCUGGGUCCACUCCCAAACACACUGGCACGUGGCGCUCCUCAGCGAGUCUUCGCUCCUGCUCGGCACCCAAGACCUAAUCCAGGCUGCCUCGGUCCGAGAGUGCCCUUGGGCCGUAAACUUCCUUAUGAACUUGGGAACAGCUUUCACCAACUUACUGAGGACUACGAAGUCUACGACGAACAUGGCCAUUGAUGCAGAUUUUUUUAAGUCGUAUCAGCCAGACCUUACAUGGAAUGAAGAAAUCGUAGGUUUCAAGAAGAAUCUGCUGCAUUGGAUGUUCCGAAGAGCACUUCAGGCACUUCUCAUAAAGCGUCUGAGUUCUGUCGAGUUUCGAGAAGCUUGUGUCGUACUGAGACGGUAUCUGCUUGCUCCUGAUUUUGGUCUACCGGAGAAGAAACCGGACCUCAAGAACUAUAGAAACAUAAUAUAUUUAGACCCCUGUGAUUGCAUCAUACCGGAACCAGAGCAGAUUGAAGAGAGUGUACAAUCAGAAGAAACACAGAUUGGCGAAGGUUCCCCCAGUUAUCAAGUCUCUCAAACAAUACUGGAUCAACUCCUCACAUCUCCAACUCCUCCAGUCGUUUCACAAGUAUGCGAACUGGCUACUUCAGAGCAAACCUGCGGAAUGCUGAAGGAAGAAAGAGAGAAGAUGGUGCGUAAGCAUGAGGCGGCGACCUUGCUGCAAGCGUAUUGGAGAGGCACGAUGACGAGGAAAUGUUUGAGGGAAAAAGUUUUUGUAACUCCAGAAGUACUUAAAGCGCUUAUGGAAGCUGCCUUCGGACACCCUGAAGCUUUGUCUGCCCUGAUGAACGAGUUUUUCAGUAUGUAUCCUGGAGCCAAAAGUGCCUAUUCAGUAGCCUCCGCUUUAAGCGGAACUACAGGAUUACAGACCUUUACUGGCCAGGCUCCAAUUACACCCCAAACCAAGUGGGUCCCCUAUUUCCAAGGAGUUUUUUACUGCCACGAAACUGUCAAAGUCCAUUUUGCACUCCAAGGAACGUUGCAGUUUAAUACAACGCGAGUGUAUAACAAUGAUACCGGAUUGCAAUUGCCGCAAGUGUUCCGGGCGGCUAAAACGUUUGAGAUUAAACCGAAUUAUUUUGGUUACAUGGUAAUGGGCCACGGCACCCUCACCAAGCCUCUGGGUGUAUACUCUGAAGCUAUGUGGCAUCUCACAGUCCUCAGUUCCCUUAAAGAUGUUUUCCAUGUCUGCAACAACCCUCAAGCCGAUUGCUGCCAAGAGAUGGCUCUGCCGCCAGCGUCGAAACUGCACAUUGAUUCUCUUUUCGUCCCGAAUAGAAGAAACAUCUUGGGAGGGAUUAGGUUGGUUGUGAUGCAGCAUGGGGCGGUUAGCUUUAGGGCUGCAGCUAGUUCUCCUGAACUGAACUUGGUAGCAAUCCUUCGAGUUCAAAAUGAAGAUGGUAGCGUGGAAGUGGUAGACAAAUGUGAAGGGACGGGCGAACUGUUCUGGCCCUACAUCAAGGUAGAGUCUGCUACGCCUCCGAUGGUGAAAAGCAAGAGUGUCUCCGCUUCUCGCUCCCAGGCAUAUAUAAGCACGGUGAGUCAUCAUCAAAGAUUGAUCACUAAGGAUGCUAAAACUACAACCAGUCUACAGGCAAAAAUGUAUACAAUUGAAUUAUCAUGCCCCGAUGGUUGGCCGCUAACUUUGGACCAAUGGAAAAGAGUGGAAGAAGUACGGAACAUUCUAGAACCGCCCAAAAUUGAAUCGGCCAUGAAGAAACCGCCAACACCAAGCAAGACGCCGUCAGCCAGGGAUAAACCAGCAGCAGCAGCUCCUGCCCCACCCUCUCGCAUGCAGCCUCAACCUGGCGACGCAUACACAGAGUUGGAGUGUUCGGUGGCUCAAGGAGGAGGCAUCAUGGCCGAGCAGGACCACCACCGCGUGCUGGAGUUCGAGACGGCUCGCCGUCUCUGGGACGCGAAGGAACCGGGCAGGAACCAACGAGGAGCUCAGAUCAGAAAAGAAUUCCGUGAAGAAUUUUUGGAAGUACCGGUGAUACCAAGCGCCAUAUCAAUCGAAGAAGAAAUAUGUUUUGCUGAGUACAUUGAUGAAGAGGUUGUUGAAACGAAAAAAGAAGAAGUGCCAGUUCGGCCCACUCCUGUAACAGAGAGUGGAUUGCUGGAAAUGUCUGUGGAAAGCGAGGAAGAGGCUAAAUAUCUAAAUCUACCUGAGGCACUGAAAGACAAAUUUGUGCCUCUCCCAUUCAUCCCUUUUUGUCUGAAAGAGACAGUGGAAGAUGAAAGGGUAUUGAUAACACCAGAAAUGUCAGAAGCCGGUAAAGCCGAGAGGCUCUUACGUUUCGAAAACGCCCUGUAUCGUAUGAGAGAACUACAGGAGCACAACAAGAUACAUGUUCUUGGUCAACAUAGGAACCGGUGUAAUCUGCUGACGAAGUUGUUUGUAGAUGCAAGUUGGACACCAGAACUGCAUCAAGUCCUAGAAGAAAGAGACGACGCUAUCGCGCAAGAAGCACUAGCGUUAACUGAAAACACACAAAAGAAGAAGAUGGAACAAAAGAAAAAAUAAUUAUUUUGUCAGGAAAGCGGUUUUGUAGCUUAAGUAAAAUGAGUUAGUAUGCUAUC